AAGGUUGUGGCAGGCGUGACAGGCAGUUAGUUGUGCUAGAGAGAAGCCGAGAGAGUCCGACGUCAUGUCCCUGGCAACUUGUUACGUGGUUUUCGUCAUUAUUGCAGCCGCAGCUGUAGCAGCUCCACCAGGAGAAGGAACGGACUUGCCAGAGAUCAAACCGGAGGAACCAUGUUCUCGUGCCGGCGGGAUCUGUCUUCCGGAGAAGGAGUGCCCCGUUGACCAUCUCAGCCCCAAAAGAGGGCUUUGUCCUGAACAGCAGAAGGAGGGAGUUGAGUGUUGUCAUGGCCUUUCUGUCUUGGAGAGGCGCUGCAGUAAGCGAGGUGGACAAUGCACUUCCAAAGCACGAUGCGGGCGCCAACUGUGGGACAAUUAUGCGCAGGACUGCAGUCAGAACGAAGCGUGCUGCAUUCUGGUGAAAUAAUAUCGAAUUAUAGAACAUUACGACCGUCAUCCUCCGUCAUGUCAGUCGUGGGGAUCGGGAAAGCAGGACACUCCGAGAAUGGAAACAUCACCCUUCCACAGUUGCGUUAUCUAAUGUUUCCCAUGCAAUCAUUAAUUUGUAAGUCAAUGAAAAACUUCAUACCUCAUCACAACCUACAUCUAUCAUUUUCCGCUUACAGCGGACCGGGAGAGCCCACGCGAAAAGGCGGCGACUGGAAAUGCGUUGAAUGACCGACAGACACAAAACACUUACCCACAGUUUUCGAUUUGUGAUUUAAUACCAAAAAGUUCCAAAAUGUUCACAUAUUUGUGUGUGUGUGUGUGUGUGUGACUGUAAUGAUGAUGUUUCACCAUCAUGUAAUUACAAUUACAAUUUUAUGAACUACACUCUGUCCUUACUUAUGUAUUUAGCUCUGUUUCUAUUUCAGAUGCCCAGCCUGUGUCCAUGUUAAUUUCAGUAAACGCUCAAAUAACAUGUAUAAUACUAUAAUAUAAUCUUACACGUGUUAAAAAGCAAAAUAAAUCUUGAUAGUUAUUACGUCAA